UGCAAAACAAAAAAGACGAAAACACAGAGCCACUCCCAGCCACCGUACUUUCGAGAUACAGCACUCGGUUUAACUUUCGAGUCUGUCACAAUUCCAGUCGUGGUUGAGGUCCACUUCCAGUUUUUGCGGCGGCCCGCUUAUGUGCGCGUGAGCGCGUGCGCUCGGGCAACAGCGCGGCGUGAACGCAGCAGUGGGAAGCAGAAAGACUAUGGCCGCCUCUCUGACUCUGAAUCAGCUCUCCAGUGGAAAUCCGAUUUACGACAAAUACUAUCGACAGGUUGAUCCCAGAGCCAGCGGGAGGGUGGCAGCGGCUGACGCAGCUUCGUUCCUGAAGCGGUCGGGCCUGGCUGACCUGGUUCUGGGCAAGAUCUGGGAUAUUUCUGACUCUGAAAGGAAGGGUUCUCUCAACAAACAGCAAUUUUUUAUUGCACUGCGCUUGGUGGCUUGUGCUCAGAAUGGCCUCGAGGUGGCACUCAAGAGCCUUAAUGUGGCGGUUCCGCCCCCCAAAUUUCAGGAUGCUAGCAGCCCGUUGUUGGCAGGGGGAUUGACCACCGAGCUCCCCUGGGUUGUCAAGCCUGAAGAGAAGUUGAAGUUUGACUCCAUCUUUGACAGCCUUGGUCCAGUCGGGGGGAUGCUCACAGGCGACAAAGUCAAGCCUGUCCUGCUCAACUCCAAACUGCCAGUUGACAUUUUGGGCCGGGUGUGGGAGCUUAGUGACAUCGACAGAGACGGCAUGUUGGACAAAGAGGAAUUCUCUGUGGCCAUGUAUCUGGUGUACAGAGCCCUGGAAGGAGAAACAGUUCCCGUGUCUCUCCCGCCUCCCCUGGUUCCACCCUCCAAGAGGAAAAAACCCUCGGUGCCUCCCGUGAUGCCCCUGUUACCCUCGCCCCCCUCUGUCAAAGAUAGUCGUGCCUCCCAUGCUGGCUCUAAGACCAUGCCCCUCCCCCCUAAACCCUCCCCGAUGCCAUCAGCUACCCCUUGGGUGGUGUCGCCGUCGGACAAAGCCAAGUAUGACGAACUUUUCAACAAGACAGACGGAGACAUGGACGGGCUGGUGUCUGGACCCGAAGUCAGAGAUAUCUUUCUUAAAACGGGCCUGCCAUCUGCCACGCUCGCACGCAUCUGGGAGCUUUGUGACAUCGGCGACAUUGGAAAACUGACCCGAGAGCAGUUUGCCCUGGCGCUACAUCUGAUCAAUCAGAAGUUGACCAGGGGUUUGGACCCACCGCAGACCCUCACACCAGAAAUGAUCCCUCCGUCUGACAGACAAAAUGUCAAACAGAAUAAUAUGGCCAACCUGGCAGCUGACUUCUCUGCCAUCAAGGAGUUGGACUCUCUUAGUAAUGAAAUUGUUGAACUGCAAAGGGAGAAAACCACGGUGGAAGAAGAGAUCAAGGAGAAGGAGGAGGCCAUCAGCGAGCGGAGCAGCGAGGUCCAGGACUUGCAGUGUGAGGUGGCGCGAGAGAGCGAGGUGCUGCAGCAGCUCCAGACUCAGCGGCAGAAGGUUCAGGAGGCCUUGGAGGAGCUGGACCAACAGAAGGGCUCGCUGGAGGAGCAGCUGUCCCACAUUCGCCAGCAGACCAACCAAGAGAGCCAGCUGAUUACAUCGCUGCAGCUGGAGCAUGAGGAGCAGGAGCAGAGGAUAUGUCAGUACGAGGAGGAGCUCGUCCAGGCUCGAGAGGAGCUUUUGGCUCUGCAGGAGGAGAGCAGGAAGCUGCAGGAGAAGGUCCAAGCUGCACAGGAGCAACUCACACCUCUGCAGGAGUCUGUACGGGACUCCUUCACACAAGUUGCCCAGGUUCAACACAAACUGAAUGACCUCCAGGUGGAAGAGAGGUCAAUGGAAGCCCAGCUGAGCUGGAAGAGAGCCUUGGAAGAUGACUCCCCUGUCAUGGUCAAUGGAUCGGCAGGGCCCACGCCGCAGUUGCAUCGUAGGGACCUCUCCCAGGACGACCAACCUAAAGAGCUGAAGGAAGAGGAACCAGUCGCUGCCUCAAACGCUCAGAAAGAACUCUUGGAACAAACGGAGAAAGGAGUGAAGGAAGAAAAAGGGGACGAGAAGGAGGAGGAAGAACGCCCCAAGACACCAGAAGAGGAAAAACUGAAAUCUGAUGCUUUGGAUGAUCUCUACACGAGUCUGGCCUCCUCCGAGAAGUACAUAAAUCUGCCAACGCUCACUAAGCCACAGGAGAAAACUGUAAAUGAAAACAAAAACCCUUCGUCUGACGUCUCCUCAGAAGUCCAAGAUGAUGCAGCGGAGUCGGCUAAAACGAGCUCACAGAAGGUGGCAUCACCAGAGCCAGAGGCCAAACAGCAACCUGCAGCCUCCUCAGAAGUCACCCCGCCCUUAUUACCAGCACAACCUCUUCCGCCUCGCUCAGCGCUGCCCACCACCAGCCAGCCGUCUUUGCCCGAGAUGGACUUCUUCCACUCUGACCCGUUCACAGAGAAUGAUCCGUUCAAGGAUGACCUGUUUGGCAAAACAAAUGCUGCUGAUCCAUUUGGAGGAGAUCCUUUCAAAGGGUCAGACCCCUUCGCUGCAGACAAUUUUUUCACGCAAGCCUCCGGCAGCCAAUUUUCCACAGACGACCCUUUUUCCGGCUCUGCCGACCCGUUUGCUACCACUACGUACGCGCCAGACCCAGACCUGUUCCCGGCCAAGUGCCAUGAUCCUACCCCAGCGACGGCAGCAAAACCAGACCCUUUCACCGCCGAGGCCACAAAUCCAAACGCAGUAGCCCCGGAUCCGUUCAGCUCUACGAGCAACGACACCACUGAGUCGGACCCGUUUGCACACAAGAUGAACACCACUGCUGAGGCGGAUCCAUUUGGUUCUCAGUACGCCGGGAAAGAUCCAUUUAGCACAUCUCCGCCCAACGUUGGUCUGGCAUUGGACACCACAGCAGCCAGUGACCCUUUUGCUCCAGGCGGUACCACAUUGAGUGCCAACUCUGACCCUGAUCCUUUUGCUGCUGUGUUUGGGAGCGAAUCGUUCGGUGGGGGCUUUGCUGAUUUCAGUGCCCUGACAAAGUCGAAUGGCGGUGAUCAGUUUGGCGUGAACAAUAAAAACCUGUUCCAAGAGGACAGCCAGUCUGCCAAUGUGGACCUUCCUCCAGCGCUACCUCCCAAAACUGGGACCCCAACUCGACCGCCUCCUCCACCUCCAGGUAAGAGAUCUUCCCUCUCCAGAACAGAGUCCUCGGACUCCUUCCACCGACGUGGCCCCUUCCCCACGCAGAACUCGGGAGAGUUCUCCUCCUCUUCCUCCUCCUCCUCCUCCCUACCCGCCAAGGAUCCCGUAGCUGACCCCUUCGCCCCCUCCUCCCCUACUCGUCAACACGCUCAGGAAGCUGACCGAUUUGCCAGCUUUGACAAAUACCCAACGGAAGAAGACAUGAUCGAAUGGGCAAAGCGCGAGAGCGAGCGCGAGGAGAAAGAACGUCUGGCCAGGCUCACCCAGCAGGAACAAGAAGACCUGGAGUUGGCCAUCGCUCUCAGCAAGUCUGAACUCUCCUGAGGGGCUUCCUCCCCCCCCCCAAGUCCACCACAGCCCACCCAAAACCACCCCCCCCACCUCCCAAGACCGGCACAGCCGCCGCCGCCACCGCACGUGGCCUGUUUAAGCACCAAAACGUUGCGGGGACCCCGUUGGACUAAAUAGCGCAAUGUUGUUCCUCAAGACGAGACAGUUUUAUCCAUCCUGAGAUGAUGAACAGGGAAAAUAAUGAUUUUCGACAUUCAUGUCCUUUUGUGACCUACUCCGGAAUAUAACUUAUUCUAAACCUGCACUCAGUUUAUAGUGCUUUAUCCACUAACCUAACCCACUACAGUCCAAUUCAGACCAGAUGUUGCUUGUUUUGUUUUUUUCUGCAAGAUAUUAACCGGUAAAAUGCCCAAAAAGUCAUCCAACUGGAAUGGAAGUCAUUUUUUUUCUCCAACCCCAAACCGGAUGACGACAAGCAGAUGCGCGGUGCAUGGAAGUUCCGGCUGAAAGAGAGUUUAAUAAUCAAAGCGAGCAUGGUUUACCGGAGGGAAGCAUGAAUGCAACUGCAUCCGAAUAACGAUGGUUAUGAAAUAAGCAUUAAGAUUCAAUGCGAGUCUCUUUAUAUUUACUGAUGUAAACUAAAGUGUAACAUUUAAGUAUACAAUUAUAUAAUUGUUGGCAUCUUUAAAAAAAAAAAAAAAAAACUGUCAUAACUUGAAUUUCCAUUUGUUCCUUUUUUUUUUUUCUUUUAAGAAAUCAGUCAAGGGUGCACCUUCAAAGAUCGGGUCCUGCUCUUGAAGCCCCUCUGGGUCUCUUUCUUGAAAAGUGACGGCAGACUCCACUUGAACGCUGCUUUCCUAACUUUGUACAGCGAAAUGGAACAAAUAAACGGCAUAAUCGCACACGGCUGUCACGGGUUCA